AUGGCUGGGCUUGUCCUGUUGCACCAACACUCUCUAUUUACCAAAAGGAAGUGCCCCAGGACAUGGGCUCCCCUGAUCAAUACAUGCAUGACUACAAACAAACGCAAUACAUUCACAUCCAACCACCUACACAGACCGAAGCCUAAAAAAGCCUCCACAUGUAGCUUUAGCCAAUAUUUGGAGAAGUCAGAAAACGACGAAGAGAAAGUGGUGAAAAAUGCGAAGGAUAAUGUGAUAAUGAUAAGGGUAAGCAAAAGAUUAAGAAUUGAAUGGAUUCCGGAAUUUAAGGCCAUGCCACCAACCACACUAGAGAGGGUCUUCACUUUUACUAGAGAAAAGGCCAUCAUACUCUUCCACCAAGGUUGCAGAAUGCUUUCAUCAAUAAACUCAAUUCGCAUAAUAGACAUGGUCUCUCGAUUCACACCAUUGAUUAUCCGAUUGGCUUUCUUAAGAAAAUUUCGUCCUCACCCAAUUAUUCAAGCUUUUUCAAUUAAUCAGAUCUGGUUUACCUCCAAGAAAGAAGAAUCUAAUCAACCUGUUCCAUAG